GCUCUUUUCUCCCUUCCAACUCUCUCUUCCCGGUUCAUCUCACCAAAGCGUUUGUCUUAACCAUGGAUUUUUAUGGCACAGCAGUAACGGCCAUCACGCAGGCCUACCAGGUAACGGUCUUCAUUCAAGGCGUCAUUGCUGACAUCAAGACCUUCGACGAAGACCGAGCGGAGAUCCGCUUGAAACUGAACGUGCAGCUCUCGACUCUGCUGUUUUUCCGUCGGAUUUUCGUCGAUCCAAAUCAUGGCCUGCUUCUUCCAGGAAAACUCGACCCCUUCAUUGCACAGACCAUUGAGGGACUGCUGGUACAGAUGCGCAAAACGUUGACGGAAUAUGAGCUUGUGGCGGUCCGGUAUGGCCUUGUAACGGCAAAUGAAGAGGAUGAAGACUUGGAUAAACCUGAGCUGGUCAAAGAAUCACUCCUGCAUCGCAUCAAGAUCAAAGCCACGUCCUUGAAAUUGAAAGGCUAUGACUGGUCGCUUUUCGACAAGAAAAAAUUGCAAAAAAUCCUUGAAGCCUACACCAGCUGGUCAGCGGACUUACGCAACCUCAUGCAGCAUUUGUCUCAAGAUGCCCUGUCCCGAGUUGUUGAUGAGAAUGAUCAGGGCCUCAAAGCCACCGGACUGGGGCCCGUGAUCAAGCGAAGGCAAAUGAUCGAAGCGCAUGCUCCGGCGAAUUUCCAAAGCCUGGCAGGUCAAAUUGUCGAGGAAGGGAAUGCAUCGGGCGACUUCCGGCUGGGACAGUGGACGCCAUCCGGCUCGACAAGCAGCACGCCUGUGGUUAUUGAGUUUCAUGAAUACGAAGGAAAGCUAAAAUGUGACGACCUGGAUUCCGAUGAGAUUGAGGAGCUGAAAGCGCCCGUCCGUGAUCUAGCUUGGCUCUUGAAAAACAGCACCUUCAGCAGUCACAGAUCCUCGGAUCCGGAGCCCGGGCUGGAGCCGCCUCAGAUCUAUGCUAUGGAGUGUUUAGGUUUUAUCGACCAGCCAGAAGAAGAACGUAACGUAUUUUUAUACAAGCUUCCAACGUCGGAGAUGACGGAUGAGUAUCGAGAGAUACCAGACACAGCGCGAGUCGUCACUCUCCAUAGCUUUAUCAACGCUAUAGACAGAGAGAGCAAAAGGCCACUCAAGCGACCGUCCUUGAAUGACCGGUUCAGCAUGGCGCAUUGCCUCGCUGUAACUCUAUUGAACAUCCACGCCUCGAAGUGGGUUCACAAAAAUGUCUGGAGCAGAGGGAUCCUCCUCUUUUUGCAGACUCCAGCGGGCGUGCGCGCAUCAGGGCUUGAGGCGCAUCGACUCUCAAGCCCGCCAAAGUUGCAACGAAGGAUUCUUGCAUACCUUAGUGAUUGGGGUUAUGCACGGUCCGAGCAACAGGGCACGGAUAUGCGUGGAGACUUCGAGCCUGAAGCAAACCUCUACCGUCAUCCCGAUCGACAGGGAAAGCCCACCUGGCAAUUCCGACGGCGCCAUGACAUCUACGCCUUGGGAGUGGUGCUUUUGGAGAUUGGCCUUUGGGUGACAAUGUCUCGAUUGAUGGAGUCUAAAAUCCGCGACGCAGAAAAGACCGGACGACUACCCAGGGCGAAGAAAGUUGCGGCGGAUCUGGUGGUACUAGCUCAGCAGAACCUGCCCAAGGAAAUGGGCGACGGUUAUGCACAAGCCACCGUCGACUGUCUGACAGGAAGCUUCCGUGAUGGAGACGCAGAACUUGCCUUGGACUUUCAGGAGAAGGUGGUAAAUGCUCUGGCUCAGGGCAUAACGCUGUAAGAUGAUCAGUCUUCAGAAUGUGUCGAAUCGACUUGUUUUAGGCCGAAGCUUUUCUAUCGUUAUCCUUUCUCCAAUUUAGCCUUCACCUCUUUUUCAUAAUGAUCUUUCCAACGCGCCAGAACGGCUGCCCGCUGACCAUCCGAAGCCAAUUGAAGUUCCGCAAGGCCCUGGGCUAUACGUGACUUGACCACGCAGCAUCGUCGGCUUUGCCCAUAAGAGUUGGCAAUGCUGCGAUGAACCCCAUUCAGAGGAUAUCCAAGCAGGCCCCACAGACCUAACUGCAUUAGCAAAAUCUGAGCGCGUCAAUUGAACACGUUUGACCAUGGCCUACCAGCUUGAGGUUUGAUCAGCAGCCCUCCAACUCCUUUGCCAAAACCGGAGGCCAACCCAGAAG